ACGAAUACACUACAUUAGAAUGGGGGAUUAAGUUUAUUUAUUGUCCAAGGAGGAGGAGGAGCAGCCAAGAGCUCUCUCAUCACUCACGGAGAAUACUACUCUUCUUGGCACAUUUCUCAUGGUCAACUAUGUCGAAUUAGGUGCGAAGUUCAUAUGCGGUUCCAUUUCUUACUCUCUCUCAAUACCACCAUGGAAGUGUUUUUUGAGCCGUGUUUCCUUUUUCUCGUAGACAGUACUUGAAGGCAGGAUUCUAGCUUUCGAACCAUUUUAAUCUUCUGGAAAUUUAGGCCAUUUGUGAUUUUAGUGCUCAUUUUCUCCUGCGCUAGCAUUUUGAGCUUCGGUUCUUACGCGCAUGAUGCGAACUCCUUAGAUAUGGAUUUGCGUAUUGUUGCCAUAAUUCACCAAGGCGUGGGUGUGUUUUCAUGAUUUGUGCAUCCACAUCGCAUUCUUCAAUUCGCCGAAUCUGUUUCGAUAAUCGUGUUGUUGCGGAUACAAGGCAGCAGCGCUCGAGAUCUUUGCUCGUCGUUGCUCGUCGUUGCGCGUUGUUGCUAGUAAAUGAUACUUAAAGGCAUUUUUUAGGUUGGUGUAAAGAGAUUCGAGAUGCGUAAGGCGGAUGCAGCCGGAGCGAUAGCGCUCAUAGGGCUCGGUUUGAUGAAAAACGCAACCAAGCAAGGCAUAGCGGCGGUAUCUGGGGGUUUAAGUAAGGUGCGUAAGCAGUACGCCACCAAGCACGAGGCUGAUGUGAUCGCGGAGCUUAGGAAGAAAGGAGUUUCUCCUAGGGAGAUUCUGUUUCAAGCUUUGCAGAGACUUGAUUUUCUCUCCCGGGCUGGGUAUACUCAUGAAGUCAUCCUUGUCUCGAAGCAAACUGCGAAGAGGCUGAUUGAUGGUGAGAGAAGUGCAGUGCCGCUAGAUAUGGUCUUGGUUCUCGGAGGUUCCAUGAGCGAUGAAGCUAUGAGGUAUGGAGAUUUCCAAAAUAAUUCAAUACUGAAAGAAUUGAAAGAGUAUAUCAACUUGACCAGGAUGUGCAAGGACCAUUAUGACAGGGAUUUGAUGGUGCAUGACUUCUACUAUGCAGCACUUUUGUGCGUAGAGGAACAAGGGGCUGACUGGCAACUUUUUGAAGCACUUUGCAAGGAAGCCGUAGGACGAAUUGUGUCAUUGGGGGGCACAGGAGAAAGAAAUCACGAGUUGCAGCACAACUCAGCCAAAACGAUUUUUACUUUCGCAUCGGCGGUUAGAAUUGCUGCUCAGGAAGAGGAGCAGAAACGUAAUAAAAUCUUGAGAGAUGCUGAGGCUUUGAUCCAAAGGGAGCAAGAGAGAAGGGCAAGAUCUCUUGGUUUGCAGCCUUCUCACAGGCAAGGACCCGUUGGUAGCGGAAGCUCCAUCUAACGUGGGUGCACAAAGUUCACGAGAUUGGCCUUUUGUUAUGCGACCAGUAUUUCCCUUAUUCAAAAUUCUUUGUUUAGCGAGUGCGAUGUUCGUUAAUCGGAUUGCGGGGUCAGAUUAUACAGCAAAGAGUGAACAUCAGGAUCCUUGAUGUAUGCGCCAGGUGUACUCAGCUAAUUUCCCUUUUUAUAUUACUAUUAGUUUCAGUAUUGAGAAAUAGCGGUGUUGUCCGAUGCACUUGUUAACAUUAUUUGGUGUAGAGAUUACAGUAACAUCUUUUCGUCAUGCAUCAUUGUACGAGUGAGUUUUCGAAGUUGAAAGUCUUUAGAACAUAACGGAAAAAUACGCUGUUGUUGCCAAGUCCUCGAAAUGCACAGGAUUCUCAUGAGCCAA